AUCCAUUGGUGCAUGAUGUAGACAGGAAAACUUCCCAUUUUGGAAGCCCAUAAUAUGGUUACUUUUUCUAAUUGUCCUUCUCUAUUUCAAUUACUACUUUUGAGUUUUGAUGAUGAAUGUGAUGUGUUAUAAUCAAUGAAGUUGGAUUGAGGGAUGGGGGAUUCAAUACCCAUUAGGUAAGGUUGAGUGUUUGAACCUUAUGGAUGGAAUAGAUCAAGUUGGGAGAGUUAUUUCUUAAUUGGAUUCAACAAUGCUUGAAUUUGAACUAGUUGGUACUAUUGAAUACCAAUUAAUUAUACAAAGAGGAAAAUAGGAUGUGUUAUCAGUUAUUUGGAAGAGGGAUUAAACGCUUCACUUGUAAAUAAUGGUUCAAUAUGCUUCUAUACAUGAUCCUCUUUUCUCAAAACUGUUAGAUUAGUUUCUUAAGCCAAUAGUGGCAAUCUUCUCCUAAUUAUUUUCCAGCAUUGGCUUUGUCACACAUAAAUCAUUGGCCACUUGUAAUUGCAAUGGUUCUAAGCAAGCUGUUUCUUCAUGUAGUAUUCUUAUUUGACAUGUCUUGUGCUAUUAUCACGUGUUAUGGUUCAGGAUUUAUAUCCCUGGUAGAGGCUUAAAUUUAUUUACCUUUAUUGAGUUCAAUUAAUUAAAUUCCUACAGAGCAGAGUAUGUCGCAAUGUUCUAAUUUAAUUUUACAAUUUCGGAAUUGGGAUGAUGGGAAUUCGUAUUUUAUUAUGCCUGUCCUCUUCCUAAACUUCGGUUUAAGUUUUCAAGUUUGUUUUAGAGUUGUGACUGCUGACCAUAUAUCAUAUAUACUAUUCAGGAAGGGUAUCUGUUAUUCUUCCACAUACUAACUGUAUUUUCCAGAACUUUGCGAUUAGGAGAUUAAUGGAUGAUGGUCUUGAAUAUAGAUGUCGCUGAGUCAGAGUGCAAAAUGCUUUCCUCUUUCAAUUGAAAGUGGUAAUCUGUGAGUAAAUGACUUAAAGUGAGUGUACUUGGGAACUUUCUGAUGCUUGGAGUCAUAGGUUGUUCUGUAGAUGACAUGAAUAUUGCCUUCUUGGCUAAUUCAAUUUGCCAUCCUGUUAUUCGAUAAGCUUUUAAUUCAAUGCGUGGGUCCUUAUUUACUUGUUCAAUCUUUUCUUUUGAAUUCUUGACAGCGUGACUUGGAAGUCUCAAGCUGGAUGGUCAUUGUCUAGGCCAUAAAUUCUUUUUCCAUAGAAGAGGUUAAAUUGGACAAUGGUCAAUACCAAAGACUAAUGUAUGAGAUAUUAAGGAUUUUCUCUGAUGAAGUAGACAUUUGGAGGUGCCAGUGGUGGUUAUAUUUGCAAUAAAUGGAACAGGAAGAUUGUCAGCUAUUUGCCGGUCUGUCUUUAACUACGGUUUCUAUCCUGAUAUUGCAAGUGACAGCUAUGAGUCAUAGGCAUUUGUAUAGCACAUCUCAAGUGUUUGAGAGUGAUCAUGACCAAAAUUGGAAUUCUAUACAUACUGAUCAACAGUAUGUGCACCUUGGUAGAGCUAGCACUACAGAGAAUGGCUCUUUUGUUUAUCCUGUAGAAAAUAUGCCUAUAGAUGGCAUUUCUUUUGCCUCUAAUUGGAAUUCUACCACAAUGCCAAAUGGAUUUGCAUCCUCAAGUCUCAAUAUGGAAGUACCACCUCAUCAAUCUGAUGCAUCGGGCACUACCCAUGAUCAUUUUCUGCAUUCAUCAAGUGCUGCGGGCUUCUUUGCAGUUUCUGAAAAUUAUGCGCAUCAGCCUCCUCCUCCUCCUCCUCCUCCUCCUUCUUCUUCCAAUUAUGAUAGACAGCCAUUUCAUGUUGUUGAUGGUGGUUUUAUUGAUCUUACAAUGGGAAAUGGAAGAGGACCGCACAAGCGGAAGAGCCCUGGAAUUCCUCCGGUCUGUGAGAGAGGUAGUACAAGCAGAUACGUAAGCGCUGGAAGUUCAACUGAUCUUCCAAUGUCUUCAGAACUACGGCAGGAGAAGCCAAAUAUGGAUUCUCAAUAUUUGCCUCGGGAUCAAGUUACCAUGCCACUCACCUUUAGAGGCAGUGGCCUUUCAAUCAGGGGUGAGGGUUCCUUGAGAAAUGUGAGAAGCCGUCCUGCACUUGAUUUUGAAUCCAACCCGGCUAGGACCCAUUUAUCUGGCAACCAUUCACACAGCUACUCCACUGGUCUACCCAUUGACCAUUCUAGCACAAUGGAUCUCUCUGGUCAGAGUUCUAGUACAUUAGCAAGGAAUUGGAGCCAAAUGAGCACGUCUCAUGCUCAUGGCAGGGUGCUGUUACCAGAUACAAGUGCUUGUGAGACAAGUCACUUCCUUGUUGGAAGUGGCGCCAGUAAUGCCUCUGUAGAUGUUGGGGGUUACCAUCAUGAGUUUGGUACAAGCAGAAAUCCUAUUGUGCCUCAAAGUCUUCAUAAUAAUCUGACUCAGACUGCUAGGGGAGUGCGAAGCAACUUUUCACAGAGGUCUGCUCCGCCUUUUAGAUCAUCUUCAAGCUUGCGCUUGGGACAUGUGGCAACAUCAGAUGAUGGAUUGCAAGUGGUUGCCGAUAGUUACUCCUCAAGACAUCCAAGGCCAUUAGCAACGACUGGCUGGCGGAACACUGACAGAAAUGGAAGGUCAAGGAUAUCUAGUGAUAGGUAUCGCCAAGUGGCUGAUGCACCUGGUCUCCAUGAUCGAUUUUCUUCGGAGGGUUUCAUGAUUGUUGAUCGUGGGUUGCCAUAUGGUUCUAGAAGUAUGGUUGAUCAGCAUAGGGACAUGAGGAUGGACAUAGACGACAUGAGCUACGAGGAACUACUUGCCCUUGGAGAGAGGAUUGGUCAUGUCAACACAGGUUUGUCCGAGGAUUUGAUUUCAAAAUGCAUGACGGAGACAAUAUAUUGUUCAUCUGAGCAGAGUCAGGAGGAAGGAACUUGUGUAAUCUGUUUGGAAGAAUACAAGAACAUGGAUGAUGUUGGGACGCUGAAAACUUGCCGUCACGACUACCAUGUGAGCUGCAUUAGAAAGUGGUUAUCUAUGAAGAAUAAAUGUCCAAUCUGCAAAGCUUCUGCUCUGCCAGAUGAUAUGAAGGAUAAAUAAUUCAUUUAGUUGUAGUUUAACAUAUCUCAUUUUGUAUAUAAAAAUAUGGAUAUUCCUCUAAGCUGGGGGAGACGGUCUUUCUUUUGACAUGUAAUAGGGAUGCUACUGAAUGUCAAUGCAUUUGUUUCUGGCUUCAAUCUCAUUCUGGUGAAGCCUUGAAAUCA